CAAUGUUUGUAAAAGUUUCAUACAAGUUUAGCAGCACUUUUGCUGGAAGCUUAUGUACCGAGGUCAUAGGGACACUGAUAGACCAGUUGGCACUGGGACUACAGAAGUGGGUUGGGUGGGAGAAAGACAAGGAAGUCUGUUGUCUUAAGGGGGAUAAUGGAAUAGGAAAGAAGUGUGGUACUGGCACGGGCUGCUGUGGCGGUCCUAUUGGUGGUAGUCAUGAAUGCAAGCAGUGUGGUACUGGUGCCACAGCUAACGCUGGCAAAAAAUGCUACCAGUCGGCAUAUAACAAGACGGAUGCCCUAUGGACUACCAUAGUCAAUGGUCCCACUGGUGCCGGAGGAAGUGGAAGUGCUGGUAGUGCAGUAGGUGGUAAAGGUGGUAGUGGUGUAGCUGGCAUCCCUGCAGACCCAGUGAAGGCCGCACAGGAGGUCCACCUCCUGGCCCGUAUUUUCCUAGGGUCGGUAUGUCUCAUCUGGAGUGGACUCAGUCAGUUGGGGUUCCUAACAGGGAAGAAUGGUGAUAGGUGGAGCAAGGAAGCUAAUCUACAUGAGGUGGACAAGGGUCUCGGCUCAUUCAUGGCGGCCAUGGGCUAUGACCUGGAUAGGUUGAAUCAGGAAAGUGCUACAGGUAAGUACUCCCUAAGGUAGUCAUGUGGGA